AUGGUGUCAUAUAUGUCGUCGCGGUCGGUCCUACCCUAGCAUUUGCCGUGGACUCCUGGGGACGCAGAUGUAUCUCUUAGUGGGUACCCUUGAGCAAGGAUUAUCACUGCUUUGGAUCGCCGGCUUCAGCACUGUCCACCCACACAGCACCAUUUUUUUCCUGAGUCAGAAGUCUAUUGUUGCCGUUUACCUCUGGUGUAAUUUUCUGUCCCGGCUGGGGACUUCUGCCGCGAAUUGUAGCCAGCGAAAUUGCUCCCAAUUAUCUCUGCGGCCACACCUACUGUCGCGAUCUGCGUGAACUAGCUGAUGCCGUUCACAAUAUCGCACCUGACCCUGGUGAUGCUCUAGAGGAUCACGUUAUCACGUACAGAACGUUCCUGCUCCU